AUGGACGAUGUUGGGCCCGGUUCGCCCAAGUGCCUCAAAUAUGCACAAUUCACAUCGCAUCUCGGACGGUGGCAGUUCAAGGUGAUAUACUGGACAUUGUUCAUCACAAACUUGCUACUUUUAUUCUUCGGAUCAUACAUAUAUAUCAAAGCCCAAGAUGCCCUGUCAAAAUAUACCGAAUACCCCGGCAAGCUGCAAAAGCGGCUUCGAAUAUGCAUCGGCAUAUGCACAGGCUGCGUGCUAUCCUCGACUGUCAUUGUAAUUAUGGAAGCCUAUGCAUUGUUGGCUCUACAAUUCUGCGACGGCGAGGACCUCAUGUCCCUGUACUGGUCGACAUGGACCAUGAUCCAGGUCGGCUCACUCAUUGCCAUGGUCGGCGUCAUUCUCGCCAUGGUACAUACGCUACGGGAUAAAAGGCACCCGCCUUGGGCGCUGGCACUGGGCACACCAGUCUUGGUCAUUGCAGGGUUGCUGCACAUGUGCUACCUAUGCACAAAGGCGCGGUUCCAGAGCCUGCGAAGGAAACCUUCGGCAGAUACGGAAACAGAACCACCAUUCAGUAGAGUCAACACUAUUGGCCCCAGCUCCAGUGAUUCAAUAGACGAAACCAUAAGAGGCGAGUUUAUUGGUUUUACGGUAGAAGGAGGCCCAAUAGUGCGAUUUACAAACACCGACGGCGUCGACGUUCCGCAAGGCGGCGAGCUAUUGGGGCGUUGUGGUACAAAUAGCGUACUAGUUUCUUAUCGCAGAGAUUCCGUUCGCUUCUUGACGGACGAUCAGGAGAGCAACCGAGAUACACAAGAAAAAGCAUAG